AUGCUAACUCUCGCCGUCGACCUCCUCAACCCCUCUGCCGAGCAGCAGCAGCGUUGCCACAAGCUCAAGCGAUUGGUACAGAGCCCCAACUCGUACUUCAUGGACGUCAAGUGCCCCGGCUGCUUCGCCAUCACCACCGUCUUCUCGCACGCCCACACCGUCGUCAUGUGCGGCUCGUGCUCGCAGGUCCUCGCCCAGCCCACCGGUGGUAAGGCUCGCCUCACCGAGGGCUGCUCGUUCCGCCGCAAGUAA